GUGCACAAAUCAAAACCACUGUCUGCUCUCCACCGCUGCCAACAACUCUCUCUCUCUCUAACUUCGAUCACUACUCCCUGGUUCUCCGUCUUUUUCCUUCCAGGCCCUCACUUUCGCUCGAUAAUGGUGAAGCCGAAGGGCUCAACUGAAAGCCCGGCCAAAGCUGCUGCUUCUAAGCUCACAAUGCAGGGCAUAUCUGGGGCUAAUUGCGCUAGGAAAUCGCCGAUAUUGACUUCAUCUCCGGCGGGAACUGGAGGCAAUGCGACAGAAUCGCCGGCCGGAAAAAGGUCGGAGUUAAAUCCGGAUGCUUUGGCGCUGUCCUUGUACGUGAUCGGAGGCGAAGAGAACGGAGACAAGCCUGUGCCGCCGAAAAGGCUCGAGCUUUGCUCCUCGGCCAAGGAUUUAGUUUGGAGAUCGCUUAGGUUCACCGAUAACAAUUACAGAAGCGUCUUUGAGUUCAAAUUGGCUCCUGCAUUGUCUAUCCCGGUCGCCGGGCCGUCGCCGGAUAGGGCAGGGGAGAGCGGCGGUGGAGGCGGGAAUUUGAAGUUGUUAGAGUGGUCGGACUCCUCGGGGAAACGAUGCGUUUCUGAGGGAAAUGCGAAGUGCUCGAGAUCGCGGAUGGUGCUGGUUUGUGCUUCAUCUAGCGAGCCGCCGCUGAAGAAGGUUAAGAAACCAUCGGCGAGUUCUGAAUCUUCUAGCAAGACAAUGUCCAAUUUAAUUGAAACAGUUUCAUUUCGACCGGCUGGGGCUGAAGAAGAUAUGGACUUGAAGUCUGCUUUGAUUGAAUUUCCAAGCAAAACGAUAAAUGGCACUGAUGAGAAGUGCUUAGUAUAUCGGGCAGUAUCAUUAGAGCCUGUUGGGACAGAAGAAAUUGAAACAAAGUCUGAUUUCUUGGAGAAUAGAAAGCCAACGGAGGAGAUUAAGGCCAUCUGUUGGGACUCUUCAGAUGUGUUGGUUGAGAAGUGUCUACGGUCGCGGAAAAUCCCAUUUCGGGUUUUGAGGACUGAGUGUGAUGAUAAAAAGACGAGCUUAACUGGAUUGCCUGACGCUUCAGCGGAUAAAAGACAAUCCCAGAAGGUUGAGGGAAGUGCUUCUUCGAAGAAGAAAGUGAGCAAGCAGAAAAUUUCAUGUUUCUUCAUUGGCGAACCGGUUCCGGAGGAAGAAGCUAGAGAAAAAUGGCUAUGGCGAUAUGAAUUGAAGGAGAGUCAAAAGUCAAACUGCCAAAGCUGGAAACUAAAUGCUGGUGAGGAGGAUGAAAUAAUUAUGAAUGUGAAAUCCCAUUACACCAGAGCAAAUGUUGACGGCUGCAUAUUUAAUCUUGGAGAUUGUGCAUAUGUAAAGGGUGAUGGAAGGGAAAAACAUGUUGGUCGUAUUGUGGAAUUUUUUGAAACAACAGAUGAUGAGGGCUAUUUCAGGGUUCAGUGGUUUUUCAAAGCUGAAGAUACUGUUAUGAAAACAGAAGCUGCUUUCCAUGAGAAGAAGCGUUUGUUCUAUUCUACUUUAAUGAAUGAUAAUUUAUUAGAUUGCAUUAUUUCAAAAGUCAGUGUUGUUCAAAUGGCUCCAACGGUAGGUUUGCAACUGAACCCUAUUUCAUCCGACUUCUACUUUGAUAUGGAGUACUGUGUGGAAUAUUCAACAUUUUGCAAUAUGCCUACUGAUGAUUCUGUAGCGAGCUGUGAUUUAUCUAAUCCUGAUGACAUUGAGGCUUUUCAUGCCAUUAUCACUGCGACACCUUUGAAGAAUAUGCCCAGUUGUGACACUCACAAAGCUGAGGUGGCAUUAUUAGAUCUUUACUCUGGUUGUGGUGGCAUGUCCACCGGAUUGUGCCUAGGUGCCAAACUUUCAAGUGUUAAUCUUGUAACGAGAUGGGCAGUUGAUGCUGAUAGAUCUGCAUGUGAUAGCUUGAAACUGAAUCAUCCAGAAACACAUGUUAGGACUGAAUCUGCUGAGGACUUUCUAGAACUUUUGAAGGGAUGGGAAAGGCUAUGCCAAUGGUACGUGUUCAAUAAUUUGAGUAGAACACGUAAAUCUAGAGCAGGAGAUGAAGGAGAAGAAGUCAAAAGCAGAGUAAAUUCUCCGCCUGGUGUUAAAAAUCCUGGUAAAGAAUACGAAGUUCUUCGUCUGCUUGACAUUUGCUAUGGAGAUCCCUGCAAAACAGGCAAGCGUGGGCUAAAAUUUAAGGUGCGUUGGAAGGGAUAUAGUUCAGAUGAAGAUACAUGGGAACCUAUUGAAGGAUUAAGUAAUUGCCAAGAACGAAUACAGGACUUCAUUAAAAGUGCAUUAAAAUCUAAAAUCUUGCCACUUCCAGGUGAUGUCGAUGUGAUCUGCGGGGGUCCUCCAUGCCAGGGGAUUAGUGGCUAUAAUCGUUUUAGAAGUAUUGGCUCCCCUUUAAGUGAUGAAAGAAAUCGUCAAAUAAUUGUCUUCAUGGACAUAGUGAAGUUCUUGAGGCCUAAAUAUGUUUUGAUGGAAAAUGUUGUGGACAUUUUAAGGUUUGACAAUGGUUCUCUUGCAAGAUAUGCAUUGAGUCGUUUGGUACACAUGAAAUACCAAGCAAGGCUUGGAACUAUUGCUUCUGGCUGUUAUGGCCUUCCACAGUUUCGGUUGCGAGUUUUCUUAUGGGGUGCUCUUCCUAGUGAGAAACUACCCCAAUUUCCACUUCCUACACAUGACGUUGUUGUUAGAUACUGGCCACCACCUGAGUUCGAGCGAAAUACUGUAGCUUAUGACGAAGGAGAACACCGUGAACUUGAAGAAGCUGUCAUUCUUCGUGAUGCCAUUUCUGAUCUUCCAGCUGUGAUGAACAAUGAAACUCGUGAGCAGAUGGCGUAUCAAAUGCCCCCAGAAACAGAGUUCCAAAAAUAUAUGAGGUUAACUAAAGAUGAGAUGAUCAUGUCUGCUAAAAAAGCAGAAGUAGAGCCUAUGCUAUAUGACCAUCGGCCUUAUCAAUUGUCUGAGGAUACUUGUUUGAGAGUUUGUCAGAUUCCACACAGGAAGGGAGCAAAUUUUCGGGACCUCCCCGGUGUAGUUGUUGGACCUGACAAUGUGGCAUAUCGGGAUCCAAGAAUGGAGCCAGUGAUGUUACCAUCUGGAAGACCACUGCUACCAGAUUGCGUCUUCACUUUUGAACAAGGGAAGUCAAAAAGGCCAUUUGCAAGAGUAUGGUGGGAUGAGACAGUGGCCACAGUAGUCACUUUCCCUAAUAUUCGCAGUCAGGCAUCAUUGCAUCCAGAGCAGGACCGAUGCCUCACUAUACGUGAAUAUGCAAGGUUGCAAGGCUUUCCUGACUUUUAUAGGUUCUGUGGGACAAUCAAGGAUAGGUACUGUCAAGUUGGAAAUGCAGUGUCUGUUCCUGUUGCUCGUGCCUUGGGAUACUCUCUGGGGAUGGCCAUGCGGAAGCUAGCUGGAACGGCACCGCUCAUGAAGCUGCCACCCAAGUUUACAUUCCAACGGUUUCCAACCGACGACGACAUUCAUGUGUCCACAACACAGUAAACUAGUUUACUCCUGUCUCCAUUUCAUCGUCAUAACAUGCUGAUGUGAUGCUGUUGUAACGUCUCUUUUUUUUCUUUUACCAAUUCAUUGUUUAAACCGAGCAGAUAGAUGUUCUGACUGAAUCAUGUCGCCCCGCCAAUUGAUAGGCAUUUUUUGUUCUUUUGUUUUUUAGCAUCAGAAGGCAUAAAAUGCGCAAUGACCCGCUGCUGCUGUACUUUAGCUCAUCUUCUUCCCUAAUGAUGUCUCUCACUCUCAGUCUCAGCUCAAAAUUUUAAUAAUUUAUUUCUGCAGAAACUCUCAUUUUUAUGCA